GCGGCCUAGCUCGCGGUCCAGGUCCCGGCUCAGCAGUGCUAAGGCGGCCGGUGUUAUUGCAGUACCAGGUCUCUCAAAGGCCUGCGGGGCACUGCCGCCCACUGAAGAAGGCAUCCGAACAGGCGGCAUCGAGGGGCAUCAAGGACACUCUCCUUUACCCCACCCCCUUUCCAGGACCAUUCGACAUUCUACAUAUUACGCCUCGAGCCCUCUCCAGACUUUCUUCCAACUUUGUUAAACAAGCAACCUAAGUUAGCUGCAUCUUUCACACAUCAAAAUGGAUCGCAUCAAGGAGAAAAUGAACUCGCUCCGCUUGGAGGCUGACGAAGCUGUCGCCAAGGUCGAGGAACUCCAGGCCAGAGUCAAGACUCUUGAGCAGGAAAACCUGGCAAAGGAGCAAGAGAUUACCUCGCUGCAACACAACAACGGCCUCCUCCAGUCCGAGGUCGAGAAGCUGGAGACCGCCAUCACGGACUUCAAGAAGAUCGCCGACGAGGGACAGGAGUCUGGAACCCAAAAGGAGACACUGCAGCGACGACUCCAGCUGCUAGAAGACGAGGCUGAGGAGGCCGACAAGACUCUCCGCGAGGCCAACGAGAAGCUUCGACAAACUGAUGUCAAGGCCGGACAUUUCGAGCGCAAGGUCCAGGCCCUCGAGAAUGAGCGCGAUCAGUGGGAGCAGAAAUACGAAGAAAUGGCAAAGAAACACGCGGAUCUGCAGAAGGAGCUGGAGGAGCUCCAGAACGAGAUUGGAAACAUUUAAUUGUACAGUACUUUCUUAGCCAGCACACCUUUUUGUCGCCCCACACCACGGUUGUGCGGUUGGACCCUUGUAGGAACCACCAAGGAACAUAGUAGGAUGGAGGCGUGUUGAUAGACAAGAUUCGAAUGUCACAAGGAAGCGCAUUUUUAGCAGCAGCAGCAUUUCAACAAUUACGUGUUUCGUCGCCCUGUCCUUUUUCCUCUCCCUGUCCUUCUCUCUUUCGGCUCGGGGUAUCUAUAGAUUGCUGCUGAAGCUGGCAACUAAUGUUGUGUCUUUAAAGUCUUCAUUUCGAUUUGCGCUCACUGGCUUUUGCACUCUUCUUUGCCUUUUGCUUCCUCCCUGCCAGCUGCCUUUCUAUCUUUGACUCAUAACGGAACUUUUGCUUCUUCUUCUUGGGUCGUACUGGACCCUUUUUUGCUGACUUGUCGUCCUGGUCAGCCUUAUCUGCUUCCCCGUCUUUGUCUUCCUCCGCCUUUUCCUGCGGCUUUGCUGGUCUUUCCAGGCCAUCCCGUGA